ACAUGCAGUACAGACGCAACACAGACAGACAGACGGAGGAGGAGGAGGAGGAGGAGGAAAAAAACCGACAAGACAGCAAAACGUCGUUGUCCCUCCGCCUGUCUGUCUGCCUGUCUGUUAAUUGGCACGCGAGCUGGCCAGACAUACGGCACACACCCAUCCCCCAACAAAACAAUGGUGUCGCACGGUACAGUGCAGCUCACAUAAAACAUGGAUGGCACCAACACAGAUAAAUAUGCAUGUCGACAGCCAGCUGAAAAAGAGAGGCUGGGCUGCAGUCUCCAGCCAGCCACAGAGUGACCUAAAUUGCACCCACCCGCCCCAGUUGACCCACUGAAUUAAACCCUCUCCUCCCCCCUCGCACAACCACCACAGCCACCGGACGCCUCUCUCAGUGCAGGUGCGGCAAUGUCGUCGAGCUGCUCUGCACCACCGCACGACGUCUUCACCCACACAAGAAGGAACGUCGCUGACCCGACCGCCCCCAGCACUGCCAGCAGGCCAAAUGCGACAGGAUAACUGAGCUUGUCGGCGAUGAGGCCGGCCACCGGCCCGCAAACAAGCCCGGCCACACCGAUGAUCAUGUGAAGGAAGCCAAGGGCGACUGGCAGGCGCUUUGUGCCGAACAGCUGGGCGACAACGCAGGGAGUCAGACAGAAGCGGGCGCCCGAAGCGAUGCCGAACACACAGGCGAAGAGGACCAGCUGCCAGAGGCCGCGGGCGACGGUGAGAAGGGCCACGUCGACGGCCAUCACGACUGUGCAGCAGAAGAAAGUGCCGAUCCGGCCGACCAGGUCAGCAACCUUGCCCAGAAUGAUCCGGCUGGCGGUCGAUGACGCUCCGAAUGCCGUUACCGUUAGCGCGGCUAGGUCAGACGAGAGGCCGUUCUCUGUGCCCCUGAACACAUGAAUGGAAAGAGCGCACACAAUGUCGGCAAGAAGUAAAUGACGGGUUGAUGUAUGUAUGUGUGUGUGUGUGUGUGUGUGCGUGUGGGCUGACCAGUUGGGCCAGUGGGGAAGGGUCCCGAGGUACGCGCACGCCCAACAGAAAUGGGCGACGGCCAGCAACAUGAGCCGAGAGUCGCGGAAGAGCGACCAAUCGAAGACAGACAGGGCCAUCCGACACGCCGGUUCCCGCUCUUUCGGCGUCGCAGCUGUUGUGCGUUGGCCAUGGCUUCCUGUCGACCCUUUACUGCCAUCGUCCUCAGAGGCCACACCCACCACCAGGUGGUCAUUCGUCUGCUCGUGCCGUGCGUCGCCUCCUUGUAACUGAGAGGACACCGGUCGAUCAUCGCCUCCUGGACGGCAGGGCUCUUUGGUUCGGCUCUCUUGCGACGGCCGCUCGAAGAAGACAGAGGCGAAGAGAAUCAUGCCAGAACAGAGCGCCGCUUGCACCCUAAAUGUAUUCCGCCACCCCAGGGUCACGAGGAGGGCAUCGAAGACAGGGGCUAGGGAGAGAGUGCCAAUGCCACUCCCUGACACCGCCAGACCUGGAAAUGGGUGCGGACAGCCACACAAGGGACAAGUGUACGUGCGCUUCCUCGCGUGCGCGGUUUGGACUCACCGGUGGCAAAGGCUCGGUUCUUGUCAAAGUGGAGGGCCAAUAUGGUGAUGGCCGACAUGAAUGACAGGCCAAAGCCGAGGCCACCAAUGACGCCAUACGUCAGAGAGAGCUGCCAUAGGUCAGUCAUGAAGGAGCUGGAAACCAGCCCAACGAGCACAAUCACUGCCCCAGCCUGAGCCAUCCUGCAUGCGCCAUCGCACCACAUCAGACACAGAAAUCGUCUGUGCCUCACUGGUCGGAAUGGACGGGUUCUCCUUAAUUACCUACCUUCUUUGGCCGUAUUUUCGAACCAAUGCGCCAUUAAUGAAGCCAAAGAGCAUCAUGCACGACCCGGCUGAGAACACGACGCUCGUGAGGGCCCUGCUCGUGCCGAAAUGGGCCAGCAGGUGAGGAAAGAACACACCCUGGAGGGAACACACAACAAACAAAGGGGCUGUCCAGGCUGGCUGGCGUCGACAAGAAUUGGAGCGUGUUGUGUUUGUGCCUCACGAAGGUGUUGCGUGUUCCCUGCGCACCAUAGGCAGGUAGAAAAGGCAAACGAGUGAGGGAUGCUUCCCGUUUUCACUCCCACGGCCAGCUUACGAAUGUGCUGAAGUGUACGAGCCAGGAGGCGACCACCACCAUCGUUGCGAGGCUCCUGUCUUUGGCCAUUGUUGCGGAACGGGAACGCCGUUUUCCACUAGCUAGCUCGUCU